AACAGUUUGACUACGAUGGAACAUGAAUGAGGAAGGGGUACCUAUCUUCCCUCCAUCAAUUCUUGAGGAACAGGAAGACAUGGACUCUUUACCUUUUAAGGCCUGGGUUGCUAAGACGCCUAAUAUAGAAGUUAAGCCAAUGAGUGUUCCUAAAGAAUCUCAGCCCGUUCCUUCUCUUGCUCAUGAGGGAGCUGUAGCACCAGUGCCUUCAGUGGACCUAGCAGAUGACUAGAAAAAAAGGCAUUUGGUGCAAAUCUGUGUAUUUUUUAUUUUUGUUAGUUUUUGCUAUUUGAAUGAGCUAGUGGGUGUUCUUGAAGAAUCUCAGCUUGCUCUUUCUUUUCCUCAUGAUGGAGUUGCAGCAUCAAUGCCUUUAGUGGACCUAAUAGAUGACUAGAAAAGAAAGCAUUUGGUGCCAAUCUGUGUGUUUUUUAUUUUUGUUAGUUUUUGCUAUUUGAAUGAGCUCGUAUGUAAUUUGGCAGUGCACAUUAAUCGUUUAUGAAAUUAAAGAAAUGAUUUGCUUUUGAACAUUUUGAGUGUUAUUGAUGUAUGAAUAUGCUGCAUUUUACAUUAUGAAACUAAUAAUAACCACUAGCUAUAGUACUUCCUAAGGUUAUGUAUACUCCAAGUGAAUGGUAGUUGACGACCUUGUGAAUCUUGUAAGAUGUAUGUCUUAGGUCGUUUAACGACCACCACCUUGUAAG